UCACUGUAAAUCAAGUGUUUACAGAUUUAUUAUUCAAUUAAUGAUAGUUUCCAGACAGAAACCUUGCAGAUCUUUGCAGGACCGGGACUCCACUGGGAACUGAACUUCAUUCAGAGGAGACUCGAGUCAUUUUCAGUCAGACUCAGAGGGAGAAUAAAUGUACAUGUGGACCAAAUAUUUAAAAAAAAAAAAAGGAAAGUAAGGAAUGAGACACGCGGAAGGACAUGAUACUUUCCUCACCUACUGUGAAAGGAAGGAAGGAACUAAAACUUGUGCAGAUGCAGGAAAAACAGGUUACCAACUUCCACCUUUAAUUUGUGUGUUGAUGUCUGACUCAUCCCGACAGGUUUUCACUGAUUACUCACUCUGUAAUCUCUGCUUUUCGGACAUUAGAGGAGGAAGUGUUUGAGUUUGAGCGCUUUGAGCUUUCCGUGAGGCUUUGUAAGUGAAUGUGAGUUCUGUGGUCUGUGACGUCACUGGGAGAGAAAGCACACCUCUUCAGAAGGGGAAGUGGAGGCUGUGGUCUGUCAAACAGACGCUCAGACUGAGACGACUCUCAGAGCAGCGAGCAGGACGUGACCCUCAGCUCAAAGUCAACCAGAGAAUCCUUUAUUUUCCUCUCGUGUUAUAAUCCAGAGUCAAGAUGAGCACCUUGGAUCUGGCCGACGCUCUGGACAGCUCGUCCGAAGGUGAGAGAGAAGUCGAGUCCUGCUGCUUUGACACAAAGGAUGUGCAGGACGUGCAGGACGUGCAGGAGGAGACCUUCCAGCUGGACGAGGGCCUGGACCUGAAGGUUUCCUGCGGCAGGAACAUGAAGAGCGUCGCCACCCUGGUGCUGGUGGUGAACGCGCUGAAGAAGUUCCUGACGCACGGAGACCGCGCGCUCAGCGACGGCGAGCUCUGCAGCGCCAUCAUGGACAAGGUGGUGGAGGAAGUUGCGGUCAUGGAGUUGAGCGACCACUCGACCGGAGUGGGACAGUGUUUCCGGAAGUGGAGGAGCAUGAAGGGCUGCGAGCUGCGUGACUCCGCUCAGAGAGAUAUCAUCCAUCGGUGCGGAGAAUACAAACUUCAGGCCAUCACCCUUAAAGGAGGAAACUCUGAGCACAAAGUGACGUUUAAAAUGUCGAGUUACAUCCCUACAAACAGAGGUUCUUGCAGUCAGAUCGUCGCCCUGUCGAUCCACAACAACCUGUACAUGUCCUGCUCCAUGAACAACAACAAGGUCACGCUGAACCUGGAGGAAUGCCAUGAGAAUUUGCAAGAGAUCGAGGGAAACAUGGACCGUUUGCUCUUCUACAAGAUAACGACAGAACUCGACAACAACAUGUUCGAGUCGGUGAAGUAUCCCGGCUGGUGCAUCAGCACGUCCAACGAGCACGAAAACGAGUCCAUGGACAUGUGCACGGUGGACAACACCACUCGCUGCACCCGCUUCAAGUUAAACCCCUACUAACCGCAGAGGAUUUGUGAAGUCUGCAUUUCUCCGUUUCACCACUAGAUGGCGCACUCGUCUGAUAAAUUGCCUGCUCUGUGGGUGAUGAAGUAGAAAAGUAACUACCUUUUACUUGAUUUCAAUUUUUCUAAACAUAAUGUCUCCUUUGACGGAGAAACGCGUAACAGGAUAUUCCACACACACUGAAAUUUUAAGCUAUUUGUUUCUAUUAUUCACUAAAUUAAAUGAAUUCCUAUAGUUUGUUCUUUAAUCCUGAUUAUUUUUUAAAAAUAUUUGUGGUUUCUGUCAAUGUCUGAAUUGAUCACUUUUUUAUAAUUUAAUGUCCGUUGAUUCUGAGUUUGCUCUGUAUGUUUUUUAACUGGUUUGCUCAAUAAAUAAAUAAAUGAGAACCA